AUGAGAGAUUUGAAAAUUGAAUUGGAACAAAAAAGGAUGCAGGCAAUGAGAGUAAUGAAAGUAAAACACCCGGAGAGAAUCAGAGAGAUCAUCAGGAGUCAGGUACAGUUUCUGUUCAUGUUCCUCUCUUUGUUCUGUCAGGUGGCAUCUGAGCAGGUUCAGUAUUCAGUUCUGGAGGAAACAGAAAAGGGCUCCUUUGUAGGGAACCUUGCUAAAGAUUUGGGUUUGGAUGUCAGGGAGUUGUCAGAUCACAAUCUUGGUAUUUCUUUGGAAAAUCCAUACUUUUCUCUGAAUAAGCAAAAUGGGAACAUAUAUGUGAAUGGCAGGAUAGACCGGGAAGAGAUUUGUGAGAAAUCAUCCACUUGUGUCCUAAAGUUAGAAGCAGUGGCACAUAAUCCUUUGAACAUUUUCCACAUACACGUGUCCAUCCAAGAUAUUAAUGAUAAUGUCCCUCAUUUCCGGAAGGAAACUAUUGAACUCAAAAUGAGUGAAUCAAAUAUUCCAGGUGCUCGAUUUUCCCUUGGAAAUGCUGAAGAUGAUGACAUUGGAAUCAAUGCUCUCCAGAAUUACCGUUUAAGCCCCACCCCAUAUUUCAAGCUACAAAUUAAAGAAAGCAAAGAUGGUGGGAAAUAUCCAGAAUUAAUACUGCAAGAGCAAUUGGAUCGAGAAAAAGAACACACACUCCAUUUGAUUCUUACAGCUCUGGAUGGGGGAGAUCCAAUAAAAACGGGGACAGCCAAUAUUUGGAUUAAUGUUACUGAUGUUAAUGACAAUCCGCCCAUCUUCACCCAGGCAAACUACAAGGUAAGCCUGAAAGAAAAUGUACCAAAGUGGACAUCUGUUCUUCAAGUUAAGGCAUCUGACAGUGAUGAAGGAUCAAAUGCUGAGAUCACUUAUACUUUCAGCAAUAUCCCAGAAAGUGCCCAGAAGAAAUUCACCCUGGAUCCUAAAGAGGGAACAAUUAUGCUCAAAGAGGGUGUUGAUUUUGAGGACAGAACUAAUUAUGUGAUGAUAAUACAGGCAAGUGAUGGGGGUGGAUUGGUGGCACAUUGCAAUGUGGAGAUUGAGGUUCUUGAUGAGAACGACAAUGCUCCAGAUGUGAUACUUACUUCAGUGACCAGCCCAAUUCCUGAAGGCGUUGCUCUGGGAACUGUUAUAGCUCUGAUUAAAGUCCAAGACAGGGAUUCUGGUGAAAAUGGGGAAGUCACUUGUCAUCUGAGAGGCCUUGUGCCAUUCCAGAUAGUAUCAUCUUCAGGUAAUUACUUCAAGAUCCUCACAGAUAGUCCCCUUGACAGAGAAAGGACACCAGAGCAUAACAUUACGAUCAUAGCCACAGACAAAGGCACACCUCCUCUCUCCACACACAAAGCCAUCUCACUGCAGAUCUCGGACAUCAACGAUAACCCCCCAGCCUUUGAAAAGUCUUCCUAUACUGCCUGCGUUCCAGAGAACAACCCAUCGGGAGCAUCCAUUUUCCAUGUAAAGGCCUUUGACCCAGAUCUCGAUCGCAAUGCACGCAUCACUUACUCCAUCCUCAACAGCAACAUUGAGGACCUGCCUCUCUCCUCCUUUGUCUCCAUUAACUCUGAGACUGGCACCAUCUAUGCACAGCGCUCCUUCAACUAUGAGCAAUUCAGGGAGUUUCAGAUUCAAGUGAAGGCACAAGAUGGAGGCUCCCCACCCCUCAGCAGCAAUACAACGGUGAGGGUGUGUGUUUUGGAUCGCAAUGAUAACACUCCCCAGAUCCUGCAUCCUUCCCAAGGAUCUGGGGGUUCCUCUUUCUUUGAAAUGGUGCCUCGCUCAGCUGAGUCAGGUUAUCUGGUGACGAAGGUGGUGGCAGUGGACGCUGACUCUGGACACAACGCCUGGCUCUCUUUCCAUCUCCUGCAGGCCACAGAGCCCUCUCUCUUCACCAUUGGGUCCCACACAGGAGAGAUCAAAACAGCCCGAGCAUUGCUUGAGAGAGAUGCUGUGAAGCAGAGGCUGGUUAUCAUGGUGAAGGAUAAUGGACAACCUCCUCUCUCAGCCACCGUGACUCUGAACCUCGUGUUUGCUGAGAACUUCCAGGAGGCGCUGCCAGAAAUGAACACCCAGCCUAGUGACUCAGAAUACCAGUCCGAUCUACAGUUUUAUUUGGUAUUGGCAUUGGCUUUGGUGUCCUUUCUGUUCCUUGUGACUGUGACAUUGACCAUUAUGAUGAAACUUCGGAAGUCAAGACAUCCCACUUUCCUCCAGUGCUUUGUUCCUGCUCCUCAUUCCAAGACUGGUGCCAUAUUCCCACCUAAUUACAAGGACGGGACUUUGCCUUAUUCCUACCAAGUCUGCUUAUCCUCCGAAUCCAGGAGAAAUGAGUUGACUUUCCUACAGCCCAGUGUCCCAGUAGCAGAGAAUAUUCUUUGCAAUGGCAAACCUGAUAUCUCUUUGAUGUUCAGUGAAGGCUGUCCUUUCAGUGCUGAAAAGAAGGAUACUGAAACAGUAAGUUCUCUUUUCUUGACUUCAGAAUAA